ACCUGACAGUACUAGCCGACUGACUGCCUUUUGUUUUGAGCGUAGUCCGUUUGCUACCACCUUUGAAAUAAAUUUGUGCUUUGAGCGUAAGCAUUGUUUAACCCAUUUAGCACUAUAUUAUGUUGAUAGGAAGACGUUAACCUUAUUUUCGUUUGUAAAGCAAAGAAAGCGAACGUUUGGUGAUUCUGUCGGCAUAUUAACUUGCACAACCAACUGACUUGUAGGAAACUGUCAGAAGUGGAGCUAAACCAGUAGGGGGGUCGAUGGUGACGCAGGAAAAACACCCCAAGUGCAGACAAAAAAAUUCAAGGAAGCGAGAUAGCAUACUAGCUCGCAAACCCGGUGCAUACCUUGAAAUCUUACAUGAUAAACGCCGAUAAACAAAACAUGAAAUAGAAAGAUUCAUAGACGGAAUACGUGAACAGAAGACGUCACAUCAAAAUUCUGGUUCUGCAAUGUUCUCUGCAGCCCGCGCUGGCCCUCAGGUGGAGCUUUCCCUCGCAGCCGGCCGCAGGUUCUCCGUCCCUGCCCAGGAGCAGGCAGUGAUUCCUCCCCAGGCCAGGGCCUCCUAAAGCGGACAAGAUUGCCAAGAUCUGCCCCGUGGCGAGCAUGACGGCCACCACCCGAGGCUCUCCUGUCGGCGGCAAUGACAGCCAGGGCCAGGCGCCUGACGCUCAGAGCCCGCCCCCUCCCCCACAGAACCAGACGGCAUCCCCCAGCUCGUCCACAGAGCCUUCCCCGGUCAGCCCAGCGGAGGAGCAGGGCCAGGGCGAUGCUGCCCCCGCCCUGGAGGAGGACGAGCCUGCUUUCCCCCACACAGAUCUGGCCAAGCUGGACGACAUGAUCAACAGGCCUCGCUGGGUUGUACCAGUCCUACCAAAGGGGGAGUUAGAGGUCCUACUUGAAGCUGCUAUCGACCUUAGUAAAAAAGGGCUGGAUGGGAAGUGUGAGGCCUGCCAGAGGUUUUUCCGUGACGGUCUGACCAUCUCUUUCACCAAGAUCCUCACAGACGAGGCCGUGAGCGGGUGGAAGUUUGAGAUUCACAGAUGCAUCAUCAACAACACCCACCGCCUGGUGGAGCUGUGUGUGAGCAAGCUCUCUCAGGACUGGUUUCCUCUGCUGGAGCUGCUGGCCAUGGCCGUCAACCCCCACUGCAAGUUCCACAUCUACAACGGCACACGGCCCUCUGAGACCGUCCCUGCCGGCGCCACGCCGGCCGACGACGAGCUGUACGCGCGCCCCCCCGAUCCCCGUUCGCCCAAGGGAUGGCUGGUGGAUCUCAUCAACAAGUUUGGAACUCUGAAUGGGUUUCAGACCCUCCAGGAUCGCUUCAUGAGUGGACAGGCCCUCAACGUCCAGAUAAUCGCUGCCCUCAUCAAACCGUUCGGGCAGUGUUACGAGUUCCUCACGCUGCACACGGUAAAGAAGUUCUUCCUCCCGGUGAUCGAGAUGGUCCCUCAGUUCUUGGAGAACCUCACGGACGAGGAACUGAAGAAGGAGGCCAAGAACGAGGCCAAGAAUGACGCUCUGUCCAUGAUCAUCAAGUCCCUGAAGAACCUAGCAUCCAGGGUCCCCGGCCAGGAGGAGACCGUGAAGAACCUGGAGAUCUUCCGCCUGAAGAUGAUCCUCAGGUUACUGCAGAUCUCCUCUUUCAACGGCAAGAUGAACGCUCUGAAUGAGGUGAACAAGGUCAUCUCCAGUGUGUCCUACUACACACACCGCCAUGGCAACCCUGAGGAGGAGGAGUGGCUGACGGCUGAACGCAUGGCGGAGUGGAUCCAGCAGAACCACAUCCUGUCCAUCGUGUUGAGGGACAGCCUGCACCAGCCCCAGUACGUGGAGAAGCUUGAGAAGAUCCUUCGCUUUGUCAUCAAGGAGAAGGCUCUGACCAUGCAGGACCUGGACAGCAUCUGGGCGGCUCAGGCUGGGAAACACGAGGCCAUAGUGAAGAACGUCCACGACCUCCUGGCCAAGCUGGCCUGGGACUUCUCCCCUGAGCAGCUGGACCAUCUGUUCGACUGCUUCAAGGCCAGCUGGACCAGUGCCAGUAAGAAGCAGCGUGAGAAGCUGCUGGAGCUGAUCAGGCGGCUGGCGGAGGACGAUAAGGACGGCGUGAUGGCCCACAAGGUGCUCAACCUGCUGUGGAACCUGGCGCACAGUGAUGACGUGCCUGUGGAUAUCAUGGACCAGGCCCUCAGCGCUCACAUCAAGAUCCUGGACUACAGCUGCUCGCAGGACAGAGACACCCAGAAGAUCCAGUGGAUCGACCGCUUCAUCGAGGAGCUCCGGACCAAUGAGAAGUGGGUGAUCCCGGCCCUGAAGCAGAUCAGAGAGAUCUGCAGCCUGUUUGGAGAGGCACCGCAGAACCUCAGUCAGACCCAGAGGAGUCCUCACGUGUUCUACCGCCAUGACCUGAUCAACCAGCUGCAGCACAACCACGCGCUGGUCACCCUGGUGGCUGAGAACCUGUCAGCCUACAUGGAGACCAUGCGCCAGUUCUCCAAAGAGCACGCGGACUUCGACCCCCAGAAUGUGAGGGUGGGGAGCCGAUACAGCCACGUACAGGAAGUUCAGGAAAGACUAAACUUCCUGAGGUUCCUGCUGAAGGACGGCCAGUUGUGGCUCUGUGCUCCCCAGGCCAAGCAGAUCUGGAAGUGUCUGGCUGAGAGUGCUGUCUUCCUGUGUGACCGCGAGGCCUGUUUCAAAUGGUACUCCAAGCUGAUGGGCGACGAGCCUGACCUGGACCCAGACAUCAACAAGGACUUCUUUGAGAACAACGUUCUGCAGCUGGACCCGUCUCUGCUGACAGAGAACGGGAUGAAGUGCUUCGAGAGGUUCUUCAAGGCCGUCAACUGCCGCGAGGGCAAGCUGGUGGCCAAGCGUAGGGCCUACAUGAUGGACGAUCUGGAGCUCAUCGGACUGGACUACCUGUGGAAGCUGAUAACAGCUAAGCUCACCCAGGUGAGUGCCACUGUGCCGUCCAGUCCUGACAGUUCCUCAGACUCCUCCACCGGCUCACCUGGGAACCACGGCAACCACUUCAGCGAGGGCCCCAACCCUGAGGUGGAGAGCUGUCUUCCUGGAGUGAUCAUGUCUCUGCACCUGCGCUACAUCUCCUUCCUGUGGCAGGUGGCCGACCUGGGCUGCACCCUCAACAUGCCCCUGCUCCGAGACGGAGCCAGGCUACUGACCAAGCUCAUGCCCCCAGACACUAGCACGGUGGAGAACCUGCGAGCCAUCUGUCUGGACCACGCCAAGCUGGGGGAGAACAGCCUCAGCCCCACUCUGGACUCCCGCUUCUUCAGCCCCUCGCCUUCCCAAGUGCUUUACCUCACCGAGGUGGUGUACGCUCUGCUCAUGCCCGCCAGUGGCACCCUGGGAGAGGACGCCUGCGACUUCCAGUUCAACUUCCUGAAGAGCGGCGGGCUCCCGCUCGUACUGAGCAUGCUCACCAGGAACAACUUCCUGCCCAGCGCCGACAUGGAGACCCGUCGGGGGGCGUACCUCAACGCCCUGAAGAUCGCCAAGCUGCUGCUCACCGCCGUGGGCUUUGGGCACGUCAAGGCGGUGGCGGAGGCGUGCCAGCCGGUGGUGGAGGGCACCAACCCAGCCUCACCGAUCAACCAGGCCACGCACGACCAGGCUCUGGUGCUGCAGAAUGCGCUCCAGAACAUCCCAAACCCCGCCUCUGAGUGCAUGCUGCGCAACGUGGCCAUCCGGUUGGCUCAGCAGAUCUCUGAAGAGCAGAACUUCUUCCAGGCGUCUAAGUACAUCCCAGACAUCUGUGUGAUCCGGGCGGUGCAGAAGAUCGUGUGGGCGUCUGGCUGCGGCACUGUGCAGCUGGUCUUCAGCUCCAACGAAGACAUCAGCCAGAUCUACGAGAAGACGAACGCGGGGCAGGAGCCAGAUGGGGAGGAUGAGCAGGUGUGCUGCGAGGCCCUGGAGGUCAUGACCCUGUGCUUUGCCCUGCUGCCCACGGCCCUGGACACCCUCAGCAAGGAGAAGGCCUGGCAGACCUUCAUCAUAGACCUGCUGCUGCACUGCCACAGCAAGUCUGUGAGGCAGAUGGCCCAGGAGCAGUUCUUCCUCAUGGCCACCAGGUGCUGCAUGGGCCACAGACCCCUCCUGUUCUUCAUCACUCUGCUGUUCACCGUGUUGGGGACGACAGCCAAAGAGCGGGCCAAGCAGGCGGGAGACUACUUCACCCUGCUGAGACACCUCCUCAACUAUGCCUACAACAGCAACAUCAACCUGCCCAACGCCGAGGUGCUGCUCAACAACCAGAUCGCCUGGCUCAAGAAGAUCAGGGACGAGGUGAAGCGAUCGGGGGAGACUGGGGUGGAGGAGACCAUUCUGGAAGGUCACCUGGGGGUCACCAAGGAGCUGCUCUCUUUCCAGACUCCACAGAAGAAGUUCUACAUCGGCUGUGAGACGGGAGGGGCUAACCUCAUCAAGGAGCUGAUAGAUGACUUCAUCUUCCCAGCGUCUAACGUGUUCCUGCAGUACAUGAAGAGUGGGGAGUUCCCCCCUGAGCAGGCCAUCCCUGUGUGCAGCAGCCCUGCCUCCAUCAACGCUGGCUUGGAGCUGCUGGUGGCGCUGGCGGUGGGCUGCGUACGCAACCUCAAGCAGAUCGUCGACACGCUAACCGACAUGUACUACCUAGGCUGUGAGUCUCUGACGGAGUGGGAGUACCUGCCCCCAGUAGGCCCGCGGCCCACCAAGGGCUUCGUGGGCCUGAAGAACGCGGGCGCCACCUGCUACAUGAACUCAGUCAUCCAGCAGCUCUACAUGAUCCCACCCAUACGCAACGGUAUCCUGGCCGUGGAGGGAACCGGGACCGACGUGGACGAAGAGACGUCAGGAGAUGAGAAGCAGGAGAGCGAGAGUAACGCUGACCCUCGGGACGAGGUGUUUAGCUACAGCCACCAGUUAGACGACAAGCCAAAGUCUGAGGACAGGAAGGAGUACAACAUGGGGGUGCUGCGCCACCUGCAGGUCAUCUUUGGUCACCUGGCCGCCUCCAGGCUGCAGUACUACGUCCCCAGAGGGUUCUGGAAGCAGUUCAGGUUGUGGGGGGAGCCGGUGAACCUGCGCGAGCAGCACGAUGCGCUGGAGUUCUUGAACUCCCUGGUGGACAGUCUGGACGAGGCUCUGAAAGCCCUGGGACAUGCCUCCAUGCUCAGCAAGGUGCUGGGGGGCUCCUUCGCUGACCAGAAGAUCUGCCAGGGCUGUCCUCACAGGUAUGAGUGUGAGGAGUCCUUCACCACGUUGAACGUGGACAUCAGAAACCACCAGAACCUUCUGGACUCCAUGGAGCAGUACGUGAAGGGAGACCUGCUGGAGGGGGCCAACGCCUACCACUGUGAAAAGUGCAACAAGAAGGUGGACACGGUGAAGAGGCUGCUCAUUAAGAAGCUGCCCCCGGUCCUGGCCAUCCAGCUAAAGCGCUUCGACUACGACUGGGAGAGGGAGUGUGCCAUCAAGUUCAACGACUACUUUGAGUUCCCCCGAGAGCUGGACAUGGAGCCCUACACCGUGGCGGGCGUGGCCAAGCUGGAGGGGGAUGAUGGGAACCCAGAGAGCCAGAUGAUCCAGCAGAACGAGCCGUCUGAGCCCGACCCCCCUGGCUGCAGUUCCCGCUACCGCCUGGUGGGGGUGCUGGUGCACUCGGGCCAGGCCAGUGGGGGACAUUACUACUCCUACAUCGUCCAGCGAGACGGCUCCGGGGGCGACAGCGGCCAGCGAGACGUCUCCGGGGGCGACAGCGGCCAGAAAGACCGCUGGUACAAGUUUGACGACGGCGACGUGACUGAGUGCAAGAUGGACGACGAGGAGGAGAUGAAGAGCCAGUGCUUUGGGGGAGAGUACAUGGGGGAGGUGUUUGACCACAUGAUGAAGAGGAUGUCGUACCGCCGGCAGAAGCGCUGGUGGAACGCCUACAUCCUGUUCUACGAGAGGAUGGACACGCAGGGAGGAGCCCCGGCCGACGCCGAGCUGGCCAAGUGCAUCUCCGAGCUCACCGUCUCUCCACCCAGCACCCCGCCACAGGUGAAGAUGCCAGGGGCCAUCGAGUGCAGCGUGAGGAAGCAGAACGUGCAGUUCAUGCACAGCCGCAUGCAGUACAGUCUGGAGUACUUCCAGUUCAUCAAGAAACUGCUCACCUGCAACAGCGUCUACCUCAACCCUCCUCCAGGUCAGGACCACCUGUUACCUGAGGCGGAGGAGAUUGCCAUGAUCAGCAUCCAGUUGGCAGCUCGCUUCCUGUUUAGCACGGGCUUCCACACCAAGAAGGUGGUCCGAGGGCCAGCCAGCGACUGGUAUGAUGCUCUCUGCAUCUUGCUGCGUCACAGUAAGAACGUCCGCUGCUGGUUCUCCCACAGCGUGCUGUUCUCCUACCCCACACGCUUCUCAGAGCACCUGCUGGAGUGUCCGAGUGCAGAGGUGCGCGGGGCCUUCGCCAAGCUCAUCGUCUUCAUCGCACACUUCUCCCUGCAGGACGGGCCCUGCCCCGCCCCCACCACCUCCCCGGGGGGCACCGCACAGGCGUGUGAUAACCUGAGUCUGAGCGACCACCUGCUGAGAGCAGUGCUCAACCUGCUGAGGAGGGAGGUGUCAGAGCACGGACGCCACCUGCAGCAGUACUUCAACCUGUUCGUCAUGUAUGCCAACCUGGGCUUGGCAGAGAAGAGCCAGCUGUUGAAGUUGAAUGUUCCUGCCACCUUCAUGCUGGUGGCCCUGGACGAGGGCCCGGGGCCCCCCAUCAAGUACCAGUACGCUGAGCUGGGCAAGCUGUACACCGUGGUGUCCCAGCUGCUGCGCUGCUGCGACGUGUCUGCUCGCAUGCAGUCCUCCAUCAACGGUAACCCAGCCCUGCCCAACCCCUAUGGAGACCCCAGCCUCACGGCUCCCAUCACCCCCCUGCAGCAGCUGGUUGCAGAGAUCCUGUUUGUGAGAACGAGCUACGUGAAGAAGAUCAUCGAGGACUGCAGCAACUCGGAGGAGACGGUGAAGCUGCUGCGCUUCAGCUGCUGGGAGAACCCCCAGUUCUCCUCCACCGUGCUCAGUGAGCUGCUCUGGCAGGUGGCGUACUCCUACACCUACGAGCUCAGGCCUUACCUGGACCUGCUGCUACAGAUCCUGCUCAUCGAGGACUCCUGGCAGACACACAGGAUCCACAACGUUCUUAAGGGUAUCCCUGACGACCGUGACGGGCUGUUCGACACCAUCCAGCGCUCCAAGAACCACUACCAGAAACGAGCCUACCAGUGUAUCAAGUGCAUGGUGGCCCUCUUCAGUACCUGCACUGUGGCAUACCAGAUCCUGCAGAGCAACGGGGACCUGAAGCGUAAGUGGACGUGGGCGGUGGAGUGGCUGGGUGACGAGCUGGAGAGGAGGCCGUACACAGGGAACCCCCAGUACACCUACAACAACUGGUCUCCUCCCGUCCAGAGCAACGAAACAUCUAACGGCUACUUCCUGGAGCGCUCCCACAGCGCUCGCAUGACGCUGGCCAAGGCCUGCGAACUCUGCCCUGAGGAGGAGCCCGAUGACCAGGAGGCUCCAGAUGAUCAUGACUCCUCCCCUCCCGAGGACACUGCACUGUACCCCCAUCCUCCUGCUGGCACACAGUACCAACAGAACAACCUCCCUCACGGGCAGCCUUACACCGGGCCAGCCGCUCAGCACAUGAACGCACCCCAGCGUCCCCCCCAGAGAGCGCAGGAGUCCUGGGAGACCACGGAGGAGGGGGUUCCCCCUCCGGUCCAGACGAAAGAGUAACAACACGACAGCAGGACCCCCCCCUCCCCCCUUCCAACCCUCAUCCUCUCAUCCAAACUUCUCUGCUCACCAAAUGUUACCCGGUGGGAGAGCAAGGCUGUAGCACUCCUGUCCAACUGUCCAAGGAGACUCCUAACCCGCCACCUCUGACCCCGGACCGUGCCACAUUCUGCUCUCAAGUUCUGCUCGUAGUGUUUAAAAAAAACCUAAACAGAUGUGGGGAUGGAAGGCAUUCAACUCUCUCUGGCUCGCUCUCUCUCCCGCCCCUCGCUCUCUCCAGCCCACACAGAGAGAGAGCGAGAGAGAGAGAGAGAGCUGCUGAUAGAGUCUGGAGGUGCAGCGCUGCCUGCAGGCGAUGGUGAUACGGACAUUUCAGUUCCAUGGAGACUAAAGACAAUGUUGUGAUGUUCAGGAAGCUGUAUGGGAUGGCGGAGGUGUACAUAGUGUGUUCAAGUGGAUAGUUCAACAAACUUCCACCUAGAUGCUCAACCCCACCCUUAUUGGGAGAAGGCUGCCAUGCUGGCCCUGGAUACCCCACCCCCUGUCAUAUGGAAAUGGGUCUGGAGGAAUAAAUAUAGAAUUAAAGGAGGGAAUAGAAUUUUUGGGUUUUGGCGUGAGUGAGGUUGGGCUGACGAGGUGGAUGCUGACAGCUUCCUGCUUCCUGAAGUGAUUAGAUCUCUCGCUGUCAUGUUGUGUGGGGUCUUGACUGACAUUGUUUGCAAAAGACAGGGGUGGCUUUUGGUUGGAUUGUAAAGUGAAGUUUGUCUCUCUCAAGCAUCUCUCUCCCUUCCCUCUCUUUAUCCUGUUUUCUAAAGCUACUAUUUCUGCUUGUCAUUUAUAAGUGAGGACAUUUUGAGUGAACCAGUAUAAUCUGUGUGAGUCAGUUUACAGCAGCAGUGUGCGGUUGUACUCGUUUCCAAAUGGAUGGAACACAGAACUACAAUAUAACUGUGCUGCUUACCAGCUGUCUCGCUUCUUUCUUCACUUGUCCUACUUGAACACAGCCACAGUCUUACAACUCUCGCCCAUUAACCGACAAAAAGUUCUAGAGUAACUGCCUGUACGCUUACUGACUCGCUAAACCGAGUCUUCUAGAGUGUUCUUUAAGACUUCUGUACGCGACACCAGUAGACACUGUGCUUCAGUGGUAAUAUGAAUGUGUGGUUUGUAAUUAUUUUCCCUUUGUUUUUGGAGCAAUUUCUUGAAAUUGUCAAAAUGUUGCAGAGUUUUCCCUCAGCCCUUGUUUUAAAGACUCCUAUGCUGUUAUGCUUAUUUUAAUUUCAUUUGUAUGUUUUUUGUUAGUUUUUUUCCACAUGGAAAGAAAAUGCAAAGAAUCAGUUCAUUGAAUAGGAACUUUGAUCCUGUCACUUGGAAGGUGAUUAUACUUUUCAGAGUUGUGUGCUCUGAGUGGCGUCACUAGGUGUGGCCAUGGUGUGAAUCCCAGAGCCGACACACACAUUUUGCUGUGUUUUUCUAUGUCCUAGUACAGUUCCCACCACCAAGGAUGCAUAGAAAAUGCUAUCUGGACAUUGUUCUUAUAUCAUCUAUGGUACAGUGUAAAUACAUAAUGCACGCAAAAAAAAGAAAGAAAAUAAACUGGAUAUUGUGUUCAGUGGAAUUGCCAACAGUACUUUACAUUAACCCAAGGAAGUUGAAAACCCAAGACUGGAGUUGACACAAAAUGUCUGCCAAAACCAAAACUGGCCUGUAAGGAUGAGGUGAACGAGAUGCAGCUGCCUCCACCAUGAGCAUCCUGGGGGAUAAACGGCAGUGUGUGAAGGAUGACGCUGGUUGUGGAGCCCCUGGGGGGAAUAGAAAGCGUUCAGAAUGUUGGAUCCUUCCAGAACCCAGCCCAUAGCACUACACAUCCCUGGCUUCUCACUUCUUCCAUUUAAGAAUGCUUUAUUUUAAGACUGCAACGUCUUACUGCUUUUCUUUGUUUGUUUGUUUUUUUGUUGUUGUAAAUUGUCGAUUCAGGAUCAGAUAUGCCUUUUGAUUUUGUUUGUAUUUUGUUUGAAUAAUACAAAAGCUCUUUUGUGAAACAUGCAUGGAUGGUUAUACGCCCCCAAUCUGCCUUAGAGCACUGUACAAACCCAGCACACUGUAAAAUUAUACUUUAAGAAAAGGAAAAAUAAAUCGUAUUUGAAUUA